AUGGCCGUUCAGCAAAUUCAAAGGUUGUUCUUCAUCGUCGCCGUGUUGAUUAUCAGCCUGGUCAAUGUAUCAGCUCAAGGAAUUCUUGGUGCUGACCCAACCGCCAGCGGUACCGUACUAUUGGCUCAUGGAGGUGAAUUGCCACCAAUGAGCGUAUACAACAGCCAACCAGCUGCUCCAUACUACAACUACGGAUUCUUCGGUUAA